AUGACUGAUGUUGUCUAUGCAGAGAAUGCCCGCGUAAUGGUGCUUGCUGCAACGAAUCGUCCAUCGGAGCUUGAUGAAGCAAUUCUUCGGCGGCUCCCUCAGGCCUUUGAGAUUGGGAUUCCUGAUCACAGAGAGAGGGUUGAAAUACUGAGAGUGAUUUUGAAGGGUGAGAAGGUUGAAGAUGGCAUUGACUAUUUCCAUAUAGCUGGCUUGUGUGAUGGAUACACUGGUUCUGAUCUUCUUGAGCUCUGCAAGAAAGCUGCUUACUUUCCCAUCAGGGACCUACUUGAUGAUGAGAAGAAUGGGAAGUCAUCUCUGGAACCAAGGCCAUUGUUGCAAGCAGAUCUGGAGACAGUUAUUGCCACAUCAAAGAAGACAAAGGUUGCAGCGGGUGAAUACACCAGUUUAAGCUCACAAACAUCAGGAUGGUCAAGGCACUGUGAGGCAGAGGAUUAUCCGGUCCAAGCUGCAAUCAUCAGCGAGGUCUCUAAGCUUGUGGUUUCCCAAAUUUUGAACCUCCAGCCAGAUGCCCAAGAACCUUGAAAUUCUCUCUUUUCUGUUCCCAAACCCCGCAUAAUUCUGUUUGCCCUGUAUAACGACGUUACAAAGCACAUGUUAUUUGUAUGAGUAUACUUGGUCUGGAUAAAUUACACAGUUUCUGAUCUUCUGAGGCGGCUGUUGUACAGUCAAUUCUCUGAGCAUGUUGCAUCAAACUGUUUUCCGUAUCGCAUAUUUUUGAUAGCAUUC